CGCGGUAAACAUAGCAGAUAGCCUAAUGUGGCUUUGCUGUAAAUCAAAUCAAUGGUUGUUAUCUGCUAUAUUUUGGAAAAUCACAAAGCAAACAUAUCAAAACUAGGUUGGAUUUCUCAAAGCCACACGAUAGACUAGUUAUAGGAUUUAGUAAAGCCAACAUACUAAAACUAGGCUUAGCCUUUUUCAAAGCUAAAUUGUUAAAACAAGGUACAAUUGAUUAAAGCCAACAUGUCAAAACUAGGUAAAAUUUAUUAAAUUCAACAUGUCAAAACUAGGUGAAAUUUAUUAAAGCCAACGUGUUAAAACUAGGUACAAUUUAUGAAAGCCAACGUGUUAAAACUAGGUACAAUUUAUUAAAGCCAACGUGUUAAAACUAGGUAAAAUUUAUUAAAGCCAACAUGUCAAAACUAGGUAAAAAUUAUUUCAAACCAACAUGUCAAAACUAGGUAAAAUGUAUUAAAACCAACAUGUUAAAACUAGGUAAAAUUUAUUAAAAGUUCAAACAAUAUAAAACUAGGUACAAUUUACUAAAGCCAACAUGUUAAAACUAGGUAGGGUUUAUCAAAGCCAAAAUGUUAAAACUAGGUAGAGAUCCUCAAAUUCAUAAUGUUAAACUAGGUAUAGGAUUUAAAAAGUCCAACAUGAUAAAAUUAGGUAGAACUUAUAUUAAAAUUCUUUAUUCAAUUCGCGUGCUUUUUCGAAGAAACAGAAGCAGGAGAUUUUGGAACUAAAUUUUUUAAACAUAGAAUACUUUUAUUUAAUUUGCUUUUAAAGAAACAUUAUGAGUAUUAGUUCUUUACGAACUAACAGGCAAUCUUUCUAUAAACUAGCUCAUAAUUCGAACUUUGUUAAUAUUUAAUAUGAAGAAGGUACUCAGUGUUUUAAAGAAGCUUACAUUUUCAGUCGAGAGGGCGCCACUUUCCAAUCGAAUAGUACUUUAUGUAGCUUUCAGAACCACGACAGCUCACUAAUUGGUAAGUUUGACAUAUUCUGUUAACCUUGACAAGCUGAUUAGGUCCUCACACAAAUAUAACGAGCCAACACAAGGUUUAAUCAUGGCUGUUCCCUGUUUAUCAGAUCAAUCCAAACUGUGAGAUGUGGCUAUUGGUUACUUCAACCGUAGGCAACAUUAAUGAACUAGGUCCCACAUUACAAAGACGUGUAAACCAAACUAGCGUAAACCUUUGUUGUAGCCCAGCACAGAUUAGUAAUAGUGAGGAACUUAAAUGGGAUAUUUCAUCAGUGGCAGUGGUUUUGGUUUUGUUACCAGGAAUGGUGUUAUGUACUAAAAAGCAACGAACACGUGGGCCUUCCACUGCUUAGUUUUCAACGUGGAAACAGUUUUAGCUGGAGAUACAGAAACUAUCUAUUUCACUUAAACCGUUACAAACACCAGACGUGAUUAUAUGUUUUAGUUCGUUUCACCAUAAGACAUAGCAAACCGCACAAGCUACGAUUAAACCUUGUGUGGGCUACACUCGUUAACUGAAACUGCGUCCAGUGCUCCUUAUGUGGGAUAAAUACUGUCCAGUACUCCCUUGUGUGACUGAAACACUCCUCAGUACCCCCAAGUGUGGAUGAAACACUCCCCAGAACUCCUUUGUAUGGAUGAAACAUUCCCCAGUACCCCUUGUAUGUUAUAAACACUCUCCAGUACCACCCUUGUAUAUGUUAUAAGCUCACCAAUAUCCCUUUUGUGGAUUAAACACUCUCCAGUACCUCAUUGUGUGGGUUAAAUAUUCCCCAGUGCUCCUUGUGUGGUGAAACGCUCCACAGUGUCCCCUUCUGUGGGUUAAACAUUUUCCAGUACUCCUUGUGUGGGUUAAAUAUUCCCCAGUGUCCCCCCUUUGUGGGUUAAACAAUUUCCAGUACUUCAUUGUGUUGGAUGAUUAAUCCCCAGUACCCCUUUGUGUGCGCUAAAAACUACCUAGAGCCCUCUUACGUGGGUUAAAUACUCCCCAGUACCCUAUCCUCUGGGUGUAACACUCCCCAGUAUCAUUUACAAACAUUCGUCUCAGCCUGUCCAGUUGAUAUUUGCACUUUGCUUGUCCAAGCAUGUUUUGUUCUUUUAUCACUGUCUUUACACUCAACACCUUAACACUACGGUACUUGUUGUUGUAAUGUUGUCGGUGUUGUCACAGAACAUGUUCGUAACCAACUGAAUGUAAAUGGUUGAUCUGUCAUGUCCACAGCACAGCACUUAGUAUAUAUGUUUGUUGUAUUUUUUGUAUGAUAGUGUUUUAUUUUUAUCUUCAAGAAAAGUUAACUAAUUUGGUACAGAUAUAAAAGUAUGAUAUUAGUUUCAUAUAGAUUUGUGUAAUUAUUAUUGAUAUUAUUUUUGAAUUUGAAAGAAAACGGGGGUUAAUUUUUGAUUAGUCGAGUUUUUGCAGCGGGUUAUUUAAUGAGUCAUUGAUAGCAAGAUGAAUUUUCUAGUUCAAUCGAACACAUUUUGUCUUAGUAUUCACCGUUUAUUUUAAAUCGUGCCAAAUUUCCAAUCAACUUGUAAAAACGUUUUUUACAAAUCAAUAUUAGUUAAAAAAUAUUCAUGACGCUGCUUGAUAUUGAGAACAGGUCGAUACGAAAAACUUGAAGAGUGUGUCAGUAGUUGUAAUAUUAAAGUUGAGGUUAUAAGACUGAUUUAAAGAUGCUUAGUUUAACUGAUGAAAUAACCUCAUUCUUCGGACUUGGAUGUUUUCAUAUACUGUUCUUCUCUAAUAGGUACGUACUUCGCUUGCACGAUGGUGAUGGUGGCUUUCUCAGUCGUCAUGACUGUCGUCGUUCUGAACUACCAUCAUCGUAACUCGGACACCCACGAGAUGCCCCAGUGUAUAAAAUCUAUAUUCCUUGUUUGGCUUCCGUGGAUUCUGCGCAUGAGCAGACCAGGUCGAAAAAUGAGAGAAAAAAGUGUUAUGUUCAACAACAAAAUGAAAGAGUUAGAGCUUAAAGAAAGGUCUUCCAGAAGCCUAUUGGCCAACGUCUUGGACAUUGAUGACGACUUCCGACCGGCGUACUCUACAUCUGGCUAUUUUCAUGUUUCUUCAAAUGAUGACAGCGGAGCUAUACAUUCAUGUAUUGCUACGCAAAAAGAAAUUAGUGCCAUCAUUCGUGAACUUCGUUACAUCACAAAUCAUUUGAGGGAUGAUGACGACGCAAACGAAAUCAUAGCAGAGUGGAAAUUUGCUGCUAUGGUAAUUGACAGAGUGUGUUUAAUCAUGUUUACAAUCUUUACAGUGGUGUCGACUUUUUUGUGCCUAUUCUCGGCUCCUCAUCUUUCAGCUUGAGCCACUCAAAAUACACACAUGUCAAAACAUUCACAGUGGCGUUACCUUUGUACUUUUGUGUCCUACCCUAGGAACUGGAAAACGGUUUAUCUACUGGUGUAGUUAUAACUAAACCCGCUUACGACUGUAAUUGAGUGUCAAUAAUACAAAUAAGUGAUUAGGCUUAUCAAGUGUGAGGUCAAAGUAAUUUUACCGAGAGAUUCUGAAAGGUAAAGUCAACUUCUACGAGAACAGUAAGGAGAGAUACACAAUAUGGGACAAUGUGUUAUAUGGCUAGCGAACAAAACUGAGCCGGUAAUUUCUUAUUGCUUAUUGCAAUAAACUGAUUAUUUGUUCCACAAGGGUUCUAAAAACGUUCAGCACUUUCAACUGAAAAGGCGUUGUAACUACGAUACUCAAUCUCAGUUCUCUGUUAAGCACUACUAUGUAGGCGGCGGGUCCUUACCCUCACUCUGGUCUGGAGUUCCAAAUAUGGUAUAAUAACUUGUUUUAAAUUAAGCUUUUGUUAAGUUAGAGGCUGUUAUGGAAUGAACAAUAGUUCAGGAGCAAAUAUUUAUACGUGACUAUAAUCAAAACUAUUAGGUUAUUAUAAUCACACGUGACUAUAAAAACAGCUAUCAGCUUGAUAUAGUCACGCGUGACUGUAUAAACAAAGCUAUGAGUUUGAUAUAAACAAAGCUAUAGGUUUAGUAUAAACACACAUGACUACAGAGACAAAGCUAUAGGUUUAAUAUAAACAAAGCUAAAGGUUUAGUAUAUACACACGUGACUAUAUAAACAAAGCUAUAGGUUUAGUAUAAACACACAUGACUACAGAGACAAAGCUUUAGGUUUAAUAUAAACAAAGCUAAAGGUUUAGUAUAUACACACGUGACUAUAUAAACAAAGCUAUAGGUUUAGUAUAAACACACAUGACUACAGAGACAAAGCUUUAGGUUUAAUAUAAACAAAGCUAAAGGUUUAGUAUAUACACACGUGACUAUAUAAACAAAGCUAUAGGUUUAGUAUAUACAC